AUGAAAAUUUCCAUUAUUUUUUUCUCAACAGUCUCCGCCAACCCAGCUCUUUUGGGCGCUGCACCAAGAAGUGUUCAUCCCAGCGCUUCGAAUCUCUUCAAUAUCAUCACUUUCAAAGCUAAUGCUGCUGGAUUCGGAGAUAUUGAUGUGGAAGAUCUUCUCAAAUACGGAUGCCACUGCAAUAUCUACGAUGGGCUCGAAAAGGGCCUUGGCAAACCAGUUGACGGAAUCGAUAGCGCCUGCAAGAGAUACUACGAAUGCGUCACCUGCACAGAAAUGAAGCGCUCCACGAACUCGGAAGCUUGUGUUUGGAACGAAACAACAUACGAAAUCGGCUCGGAUGAAAAUGGCCUCGCAUGCCCUUCGAAUGUCAAUGAAGGUCUCGAUUCAACAGGCUGCUCUCAAGAAAUUUGCCAGUGCAACAUGCAGCUAGCAGAUGAUCUGGUCGCGAAAUUGGAGAGCUUUAGUGAUGAUAACACGCACAGCGGGGGGUUUGAUAAGGAAGCUAUGUGCGUCUCUAGCGGCCAAAAACUUGGCGGAGAUCUGAAAUGCUGCGGCCAAAAUCCAUUCUACAAUCUCUAUCGAGAGGGAAACGGAAUCCGAGAAUGCUGCAAAGGAAAAGUCCUCAACACAAUCACCAACGAGUGCUGCGAUGGAAACGUCUCACCAAUCGGCACUUGCUCAAGCAACACUGCUGGCAACAAUGGUGGAAACAACGGCGGAAACAACAGUGGUAAUAACGGUGGAAACACUGGCAACUAUGGAUAUUAA